UUUACUAACGCUGUUAAGAUAUUUUGUUUCAAAUCACGCAUCACCAUCUCUGCGGCAACCGAAGACACAGGGGAACCCAUCGCGGUGCCAAACGUUUAUCAGCAAAAUGGAUCGCAGAUGUUCGAGGAAAACGAUGCUCGAGCUACAGGAAGAUGGCGAGGCGAGGCUGGUCUUUUGGCGACUCCACCAGAUGGACAUUUUCCAAAACAAAAUGUUGGUCCCGUUAAAUUCGAAAUACCAAAAAUUCCCGUUAUAUUCGUACUUGGAGGCCCCGGUAGUGGUAAGGUGACAUAUUGUGACAAUUUAAUACAAGAAAAGAAAGGAAUAACGCAUAUCAACAUGAUGGAUCUUCUUCAACAAUAUGCGUUGGGAAAUGAUAUGCAAGAUUUUGGACAACUUAGUAGUAAAACUGUAACCGAAGUACUUAUGCUUGAAAUGAAAAUGUCGCCGGGAGCCAAGGUCUUUCUCGUAAGCGGGUAUCCGCGAAAUAUGCGCGAUGUGGUGGAAUAUGCUGAAAAAAUAAAAAUCGUUAACGGCGUCAUUCUCGUAUCAUGGAGGCAAGAAGUGUUGGAAAGACAAAUUGAUUUCGGUGCGCAGCUUGGUCAUGUUAUCAUCGGUUUAGCUAGAAUGGAGUUACAUAAUUUUUACAGGAAUGUAAUGCCAGUUGCAGAAUAUUUUGAUCAAAGUGGAAUGUUACUUGAGAUAAAUGGGGAACGCAACCCGAGUGAGGUCUAUGUUAGUUUUCGAGAUGCCGUCCUUAGAAUUCUUGGAAUGUCAAGCGGUGAAAUUCAAGUCCAAGAUGUACCUCAAUCUUUAGAAGCUGAGGUCGAAGUGGAAAGGAGAAAGGAAUCGUCGGGUUCGCCAUUGGCGAAGCAAGUUGCAGGAACAGAGAGGAUACCAGUUCCAGUAACAAUAGAUGCACCGAAAACCGCUGAAAAACCGAGAAAAGGAUUGCCAGCAUUUAUUUGGGUCAUAGGUGGACCAGGAAGUAAUAAGUCGGCUCUUUGCACCCAAGCCGUUCAUAAUAUGCCGGGUUGGCAGCACAUAAGUAUUGGAGAAUUAUUGAGAACGAUGGCAUCAUCCAAUAUGGUGGUGAAUGAUGCGAUUGUUUCGGGUGAAAUGGUCCCUCACGAUAUUGUAAUGCAACUUAUAGAGCAACAAAUUCUUUUAAAUCGAGAUUCGGAUGGCAUCGUCAUAGAUGGAUAUCCGAGAGAUUUGAACCAAGUGCAGGAAUUUGAAACUAAG